AUGGUGAUGCGAUCCGUCUCUGAUUCACACACGACCAAGAUCACGACACCGAGCGGAACAAUGAGCGGCUCGAGCUUACUGGCUCUGCUGCUCGCGACACUGAUGCGCCACGGCUCCGCAGAGAUGCUGUCAGGGUUACAUUUCGUGGAGAGCCCUAAGAACGUGACCUCCUCUCUUGGGAAGCCAGUGGUUGUCCAGUGCAUCCUGCGAGCGGACAGCGAGGGCCAGGGACCACUGGAUGUGUUCUGGCUGAAGGAGGGACAGCCGCUGGAGUUUGCUGACACCAACCAGAUGCAGUUCCCAGAAGAUGAGAACGGCUGGGUGGUUAUUAGUGAACUCAGGAUAGAGCAGAUACAGCUCUCAGAUAUGGGCUCCUAUCAGUGUGCGGUUUCCUCUGGUGAAGAGGAGCUUUUGUCCAUGCAGGGAUACAUUGAACUAGAAGGUCUCCCUCAUUUCUCGGUGGAGCCGCAGGAUUUGUCAGUCGUGGCUAACGAGGAGCUGAGCCUGCGCUGUGUGGCUCAUGGUCCUCCUGAUCCAGUGCGGGUCAUCUGGCUUCAGGACGGGGCUCCUCUCAAUGACCUGAACGACCCCAUAUCCCUGUCGCCCUCAACACUCAUCCUCUCAGGUUUGAAUAAAAGCAGCUCUUUCUCCUGUGAAGCACACAAUCGUAAAGGCGUGGCGUCGUCAGGCACAGGAGCUGUGACCGUUCUUCCUUCCCAGCCCCAUGACAUUAAAACUGAAGAAAUCACCAAUUCAAGUCUCCGUCUGUCUUGGCACAUGGGCUUUGGAGGAAUUUAUCCCAUCAGCCACUGCAUUGUUCAGGUCAAAGCUUCUGGUGAAGCCUCUGAUGAGUUGAUCUCCAGUCAGACGGUCAGCGCACCGGUCACCAGCCGUCUGAUCUCGGGUCUGGAGGUCUUCAGUCAGUAUGAUCUCAGACUGGCCUGCCGGAGCAGUCAGGGCGUCUCUAACUGGACCGUCUGGAUGAGCGUCAGCACCAGUGAAGGAGUUCCCGAUUCAGCCCCGGACAAUGUGACAGCUGUGGUGAACGGAACAGAAGUGAUCCUGAGAUGGACAGAACCUCCUGGAAAGAUGAACGGACAUCUGCAGGGAUACAGGAUGGAGUACAGCGCACCUAACCUGGGACAGCAGGUUGUGGUGGACACAGGUUUGGACACAGAGAUGUUUGUCAAUCUCUCAGUCCCCCUGUCGAACGUUUCCUUCAGAGUGUGUGCGUACACCGGAGCGGGACAGGGGCCCUGGACGCCCCUCCAAACCAUCACGCUCGUUCCUGCAGAAACGGGGCAAUCCAGAGGUAUGGCGAGUCCUCCGGCGUUCUCCUGGCACUGGUGGUACGUGGUCAUGGCCAUCACGGCCACUGUAGCUCUAACGGUGCUGCUGGCCGUCUACGUGACCCGGCUGAGGCGGAAGGAGACGCGCUUUGGUGAGGCGUUUGAGCCCAUGAUGGAGAGCGGUGAACUCGUGGUGCGAUACCGAGCUCGUCGAACAUACAGCCGACGCACAGCAGAAGCCACACUGAACUCUCUGGGGAUCAGCGAUGAGCUCAAGCAAAAGCUACAGGACGUGAUGGUGGACAGACACAGGCUAACGCUGGGAAAAACACUCGGGGAAGGUGAGUUCGGCUCGGUCAUGGAGGGUUCACUCACUCAGGAGGACUCUGUGCUCAAAGUGGCAGUGAAGACCAUGAAAAUUGCUAUCUGCACUCGCACUGAAAUGGAAGAUUUCCUGAGAGAGGCGGCAUGCAUGAAGGAGUUCGAUCAUCAGAACGUCAUGCGGCUUCUAGGUGUGUGUCUGCAGACGGUGGAGAGUGAAGGCUAUCCGUCUCCUGUGGUCAUUCUUCCCUACAUGAAGCACGGUGACCUCCACAGCUACCUGCUGUACUCCAGACUCGGAGACGCACCUGUGUAUCUGCCCUCUCAGAUGCUGGUGAAGUUCAUGACAGAUAUCGCCAGAGGAAUGGAGUACCUGAGUGGAAAAAACUUCAUCCACAGAGACCUGGCCGCUCGAAACUGCAUGUUAAAUGAGAACAUGAAUGUGUGCGUGGCGGACUUUGGCUUGUCUAAGAAGAUCUAUAAUGGAGACUACUACAGACAAGGACGCAUCUCUAAGAUGCCUGUCAAGUGGAUUGCCAUCGAGAGUCUGGCGGACAGAGUGUACACCACUAAGAGUGACGUGUGGUCAUUUGGAGUGACAAUGUGGGAGAUCGCGACUCGAGGUCAGACACCGUACCCUGGAGUGGAAAACAGUGAAAUCUAUGAUUAUCUGAGGCAGGGCAACCGUCUGAAACAGCCUCCAGACUGCCUGGAUAGUAUCUAUUCGCUGAUGUUUUCCUGCUGGCUGUUGAGCCCAAAGGACAGGCCGAGCUUCGAGAUCUUGCGCUGCGAACUUGAGAAGGUCCUGGAAGAUCUUCCGAGCCAAGACCCUGAUGAGAUACUCUAUGUCAACAUGGAGGAGAGCUCUGGAGAGCUGGGGGCCGUGGGGGGCCGUGAUCCCAUAAUGGGGCUACCGUGUGCUCUCGGGGCCCUGAAGGGUACGGGCUCAGUGGCCACUGUAGAAGUGCACCAUCCCAACCGCUACGUGAUCUGCCCCCAGCAUGAGAACCAGCGCCUCCUCAACGCCGACUCCAUGGAGAGUCUGACCCUGACAGUGACGGGGCCUGUGCCCACACCGCUGCUCCAGCCCUCGUCCUGCUCCACCCCAGUGCCGCCCUCUGAAGGCCCAUCCCCGGAGGACAGAGAUGAGAGGAAGAGAAUGCUGUGGCAGUGACGACGCUGCCAUGGCUGAUAGGGACCUAGACUGACCUUUGUGGAGAGCUGAGCUAUUGCUCCGGCCACUCCAUUUUGCACAGACACGCCACACACACAUUCAUUCAGUCAAUUAUGUCUUUGUUUAUGCUUUUCAGACAAAUGAUUCCUUUUCAUUCCAAAUUGUCCUUUAUGUUCAGUGUGGGUCCUGAGAAAUCAAAUCAAUCAUAGUUUCUGUCUUACGCUCUGUCAUGACCAGAAACAGUGUACAAAUUUUCAAGCAAAAAGUCCUUAUGUGUCCCUGGAGCACAGAAGCAGUCAUAAGUAGCACAAGUGUAUUUGUAGAAAUAGACAACAAUACAAUGUAUGAGUCACACUUAUCAAUUUUUCUUUUAUGUCAAAAGUCAUUAGGAUAUUAAGGAAAGAACGUGUUCCAUCAAGAUAUUUUGUACAUUUUCUACCGUAAAUAUAUCAAAUCUUUUGAUUAGUAAUAUGCAUUGUAAAGAAAUUCAUUUGAACAACUUUAAAGAUGAUUUUUAGAUUUUUUUGCUUUCUCAGAUUCCAGAUUUUCAAAUAGUUGUAUCUCAGACAAAUAUUGUCCUCCCACCAAACCA